CAAACGAUGACGGCCACGAGCUCGACGAGAUAGCCGUCGUCUCCAGCAAUGCAGACCCGUUGCACGUCAAAUAUGGCAGCGGAAACACGCUAUCUACUACUGUCAACGGGCCCAGGCUUGUGCCAGGAAUAAUCACUACAGGAGGUGGUGGUGGAGGUGCCUGUAUGGUCGGGGAACGAUUAAGUGGAAGCAGCACGCGGUUAAACGUCACGUCUCCAGUGCAGUGCGCCCAUCCCACGUCUGGUUCGCAUAAGACCAGCACAGAAAGCGUGCACAGGGUGCUAAAGAGUGUUUCCAGACAAAGCCUCUUAGAUUUGGUCGGUUGUAAAUUUGGAAUGUCAAAAUCUCGUCAAUCGCACAGCAGCUACCAUCAAGAAGGCUAUUUUUCCACCUCACGUGAUAGCAUUUCCACUUCAAAUUUUAACAGGGCUGCCAAUGUUAGUUCUGCAGCCAGCGAACUGGAUUUGUCUAGGAAAGCUAGAAGAAAAGACUUAAGAGGUCGGCUGAAACUGCCGACUAGCGUAACUUUGGCCAGUUCCGGGGAGGCUCCUCUUCUGGGAGCGUGGCGAAACACGCCGGGCUCGACGGCCGGGACCAACCCCCCAUCCUCCAAUCACCUCAACAGCACGAGCAGCUGCAACGGGACUGAAAGUCGAUACGGAUCUCGUCGAGCUGAGUCGUACAGUUCUCGAUUACGAUCGGGAUCGUCGAAUUGGUCGUUCGUUUUCGAUCCGGCGGGCAGAUUGUGUUACUAUUGGUCCAUGGUGGUGUCCUUAGCUUUCCUUUAUAAUUUUUGGGUCAUUAUUUACCGCUUUGCCUUUAGAGAAAUUGAUGCAAACACACUCCUGGUGUGGUUCUGUUUGGACUACUUCGCCGACUUCCUGUACCUAGUGGACAUCGUGUUCCACUUCCGCACCGGGUACCUGGAGGACGGCGUCCUCCAAACGGACUCGACGAAGCUGCGUAACCAUUACAUGAACUCCACCACCUUCUACAUAGACUGUUUGUGCCUGUUGCCCCUGGACUUUCUAUAUCUGUCCGUCGGCUUCAAUUCCAUCCUUCGAUCAUUCAGACUCGUUAAGAUCUACAGGUUUUGGGCGUUCAUGGACCGAACGGAACGUCACACAAACUACCCGAACCUGUUCAGAUCCAGCAGCCUGAUUCACUACCUCCUAGUCAUAUUCCAUUGGAACGGUUGCGUGUUCCACAUCAUCCUGAAAAACGACGGUUUCGGUUCCAAGAACUGGGUGUACAGCGACAGCGAAAGCACGGACAACGUGAAGGCGUAUCUGCAAAGCUACUACUGGUGCACAUUAGCGCUGACCACCAUCGGCGAUCUGCCUAGGCCUAGAAACAAAUCCGAGUACGUGUUCGUGAUAUUUCAGCUGCUGUUCGGGCUAUUACUGUUUGCGACCGUUAUGGGGCAUGUGGCCAACAUUGUCACCUCAGUGUCGGCGGCAAGAAAAGAGUUUCAGGCCAAGCUGGACGGCGUGAAAACGUACAUGCGCAUGCGCCGCGUACCAAAUCACUUGCAAGUCAAAGUGAUCAAGUGGUUCGACUACCUGUGGCUCACGCAAAAGUGCUCGGACGAAGAGAAGGCCGUCUCCUGUCUUCCGGACAAGCUCAAGGCCGAAAUAGCCAUCAACGUUCACCUGGACACGCUGAAACGGGUCGAGAUCUUCCAGAACACCGAGGCGGGCUUUCUUUGCGAGCUCGUGCUGCGCCUCAGGCCCGUUUUGUUCUCUCCUGGGGACUAUAUAUGUAGAAAAGGGGAAGUGGGUAAGGAAAUGUACAUAGUGAACCGCGGUCGACUGCAAGUGGUGGCCGACAAUGGAAAAACAGUGCUGGCAACUUUGAAGGCCGGCAGCUAUUUUGGAGAGAUAUCGAUAUUAAAUAUGGGCACGGCAGGCAAUCGUCGUACAGCAAGCGUCCGUUCAGUAGGUUACAGCGAUUUAUUCGUUCUCAGUAAAAAGGACAUGUGGGAUGUCCUAAAAGAAUAUCCUGCGGCCAGAGUAAGGCUCGAAGCUAUCGCCGUCAAAAGAUUAGAAAAGUACAAGAGAGCGCCUUUGGAAAAAGCUGCGAUGGGUAGAAGUCAAUCGACACCGGGUCUGGUGGAGUCGAGGGGCAAGAUCGCGUUGGAGGACAUGUGGUUGCCGGCUACGUUGGUAGGACUGACGUCAGCGUUCACGAGGUCGCCUAUGAGCACGCCGCCGCCUCGGCAAACGCCAGACAGCCCCACCGGCUCCACGAGUAGCGGCCGCAGUCACCAUCCAUCGUCGCACGCCAGCCACACGUCACACGCCCGGUCACAAGGUGGAACGACAUGGAAAUGCGACAGCAUGACGCAUCUAGUGUCGGGGAUAGCGACGCCGCUCCUAGAUUCGCGGGAAGCUCUGGAGUCCGAGAUCAAGCGGCUGCAGGAGCGGCUGAACACGGUGGAGACCGAGAACGCGGCAAUGAGCGUGAAAUUGAAUCAGCACCAAUGGGAGCUCGAGAACCGGCUGACCGAGAUCGAGAUGCAGAUCUGCGGAUCGAGGUCCACCUCCAGUCUGGAGGACAACGAGCGGAACAGGGAAAGCUUCAUUUAACAACAAAAUAUGCUGCCUUACCGAAUGCUGCAACCACCCGCCCAAUACGUGUUCGUUCAAUACAUCGUGUAAUGGCAGCAACCGAACAGACUUUUUUCAAAAACUUUUACAGACGAUUUUUAGUGAAUUUUUACUGUUGUCAAAUUGAUACAAAAUAAAGAAACUAUAUGUUUUGUGAACUAAUCGCAACAAUGACUGCCAAAGAGAUCCACCUACAUAAUAUAUUGUAUGUUUAUUAUGACGAGUGUCUCAAAUACGAAAUAUCAUCUUUUAUGACGUCAUAAAAUCCGUAUCAUUAGAUUUGAUUUGAACACGAAAUACCUAUUCUAAAAAACUAUACAACAAAAUUCACUCCUCCUGUAUUAAGUCUUGCUUUUUAUUAAAUAACCAUAAACUAAACACUUCAUGAAUACUAGGAUCGAAUAUUUUUUUACGACACAAAAAAGGAAUUUAUUAAAAAAAAUGUUUUUUAAUAAUUCUGUAACUCAUUGAAAUAGUAUAUUACACUACAAGGGCAGAAAGUGUGAGAUUUCUGCACUGCGCAUCAUGGCGCGCAGUUCAGGGCUCUCACACUGUGUAUACUAUUUUUCUUGCUACCUGGCCGAAAAUACGGGAAAAAAUUAAAUGUGUAUAUCUAAACAUAAUUUGAGGAUAUAUUAGUGUCGUAAUCAGAGUUGCAUAUGUUGAGUACUAGUGCACAAAAUACGUUGUUUCGUCCCCGAUUCCAAUGCAUCAAACGUAAACUUUCUGCCGUGGAAUCGGGGACGAUACAACGUAUUUUCAGUCGAGGUAGUAAGAAAAAUAAUUAUUGUCAAAUUUAACGCUAUACA